AUGGCAGAGCCCGUCGUCGAGUACGACACCUACGGGCCCCCGCGCACGUCGGCCUUCGCGUCGUCGAACCCGGGCCUCAGCGGCUGGCUCUACAAGUCGAGCGGCGGCAAGCGGACCAUCCUCGUGAAGUUCGACAGGCGCUGGUUCGUCCUCGACGGCGCCGUCCUGCGCUACUACGCGAGCGACUCGCUGGAGACGGAGAAGGGCGCCAUCCCCCUCGGCGACGUCGUCGAGGUCAAGACCCUGGUGCAGGGCAGCGCGACCUUCGGGACCUUCCCGCCCGCGGAAUGCCGCUUCGAGCUCGUGACGUCCGCGAGGAACUGGGUCCUCGCGGUGGACCCCAAGGAGGACAUCAACGCCCUGAAGAAGACCUGGGUCGACGGCAUCUCCGCGGCGACGGGCCUCGUGCCGCGGCGGUCCGGCCUGAGCUUCUACGCGGCGUCCGCGGGCCGCGACGCCGCGCGGCGCGGCGCGCACAGCGGCUUCCUGUGGAUGCGCAAGGCGAACAAGAAGCUCGGCUGGAAGGAGCGGCUCGUGGCGCUCGACGGCGACGUCCUGCGCGUCUUCAAGGAGCAGCGCGGCGCGCGCAUCUGCGUCGCGGAGAUCGGCCCCCUCGCGGGCUGCGUCGUCGAGCGCGUGUCCGCCUCGGGCCGCUGGACGACGAAGAAGACCUUCCUGCGCUUCCUCGUCACGCUGGCCUCCGGCGAGACGCUGGAGCUCGCGCGCGGCCGCGCCGAAUUCGACCGCCGGUUCGCGCGGUCCGGACCAAAGCUCUCGAGCUCGGCGUGCGGCGCGGAGACGGCGCGCGACGAGUGGCUCGAGCGGCUGCAGGCCGCGAGCGAGGGCGCCGGCGAGGCCGCCGCGGGCGCGGCGGCGGCGGCGACCCCCCCGAAGGGCGACUACGGCGACCCGGCGUCCUGCGAGAUCUUCAGCGAGCACGGCACGUUCGGCUUCCUGAAGUGCGCGCGCUGCGGCGUGCCGCGCGCGAGCCACUGGCGGUGCGAGCCGGCCGCCUGCCCCGGCCUGCCGCCCUGCGGCGCGAAGCGGUCCGGCUGGCUCCUCGUGCGGAAGCGCAAGGACGUCGUCGCGUCCGUCGUCGCGUCGAACUGGAAGCGGCGCUACGCGCGGCUCGCGGGCUCGGAGCUCCGAUGGUACCACUCCGACGACGUCGCCGAGGCCGACGCGCGGCACGUCGUCGACGCGGAGACGCGGCUCUACGCGGCGGAGGACACGGGCGCGACGGUGUCCCAGGACGCCGAGGGCGUCGAGCAGUUCCUCGUCGUCGUCGCCGGCGGACAGCGGCUCACGCUCGCGGCGGAGUCCAAGGACGAGCGCGCGGGCUGGCUCGCGGCGCUCCUCGAGGCGACGACGUGGGCCUACGACGCGCGCGAGUGGCGCGCGGCGCGCGCCGAGGCGCGGUGCGCCGAGGACGCGGCCGCGACGGACGACGCGUUCGCGCUGCGCGCGCGCGCGCAGGCGGCGCCGCGGCCCGCGGUCGGCACCUUCGACGAGCGCGGCGCGGCGUCGCGGUUUUUGAAGCUCGCGCAGCGCCUCGAGGCGAGCGACGCCGACGGCCUGCGGGGCGCCGCGGCCCAGGUCGCGGCGCGCGUCUGCGCGACGUUGCGACGGACGACGGCGGCCGCGUGGGGUAGGCGCCGCGACGCGGCGUGCGGCGGCGCGCCCGUCUACCUGGGCCCGGACCCGGACCCGGACGCGCGGGCCCACGCGGCGCCCUGCGCGCGGUGCCUCGUCGCGCUGCUCCGGGAGCCCGCGUGCGCCUUGGCGCUCUGCGGCGACGGCGACCUCAGCGGCAUGCUCGGCUGGCCCGACGGCGACGACGCGCCGCCGUCGGCGCCCGUGGCGCUUUUGUUGGAUUGCGCGCUGCUGAGCUUCGCGCCGUCGUCGCUCGCGGCCUUCCCGUCGCCGGACGCGGCCGCGGCGGCCGCGGCGGCGGCGCGGACGCUCGUGGCGCUCGCGGGCCUGGCGGCGUCGGGCCGCGACGGCUUCGAGGCCGUCGCCGCGGGGCUCCGGGCCCUGGGCGCCGACGACGCGGGCGAGCCCUUCGCCGCGCUGAAGCGGCGCCUCUACGACGCCGCCGCGGCCUUCGCGGCGCCCUCGAAGCGGUGCUCGCUCGCCGACGGCGGCGCGCCGCUCGACGCGGCGACGCGGCCGUCCUGGGGCUUCGCCUACGCCGCGGCGCUGGCCGACGUGCUCUGCGCGACGGUGGUCCACGGGUCGGCGCGCGGACCGGACCGGCGGCGGCGCCUGCGGCUGCGCUGCGAGCUCCGGGCCUGCGGCGUCGACGCCGCGUUGACGGAGCUGCGCGCGGCGUGCCGCCCCCACCUCGAGGGCGCGCCGCGGCGCCGGCCGCGCAAGGAGCCGUCGCCGACGAAGAAGCGGCGGUCCUUCAAGGCCUGGAUGUCGAAGAAGGUCGGCGGGAGCGACGCGCCGGCCGCGGACGACGGCGACGACGACGACGGCGCCGAGGGCCUGUCGCGCGGCGCGGCCGCGCGGGCCGUCUUCGACCUCCUCGACGACGCCGACGCGCGCCUGCUCGACGACGAGGACGUCGAACGAUUGCGGCUCGGCGCCGCGGCGACGUGCGCGGGCGACGCGCGCGCGCGACGCGGCGCGCUCCAGGGCAGGAAAAGAGAGCGAACUUCCCAACUUCAAAGGCUCCUAGCUCGGCCGUUUUCCACUCGCGCGCUCGAGGCGCUCGCGGCGAAACUGGACCGCGAGGGCGUCUUCGCGGCGUCGUCCGACGGCGCCAAGGGCUUGCUGCGGCUCCUGGGCGGCGGCCGGCCGUCGUCGGAGGACAGCGACGACGACGAGAACGACGCCGACGACCGCUCGGGCGCGCUAAUGCGCCGCGUGUCGCGGAGGCGGCCGCGCGACGACGGCGGCGACGACGGCCUCUUGGAGCGGCCGCGCGCGUCGACGCUGCGGAGCCGCGCGGACACGACCCUCACGAACGCCGACGCCGCCGAGGCCGUCGCCGCGGCCCUGGGCGCGGCGACGAAGGCCGCGCGCGACGCCGAGGCCGAGGCGCCGCCGCCGCCGGGCGCGGCGGCGCCCGCGGCGCCGCCCGCGGCGCCGCCGGCGGUGCCCGCGGUGCUGCCGCCCGCGCCGCCGCCGCCCGCCGCCGCGCCGCCGCCGCCGCCGGAGCCGAAGGGCUUCACCGACGGCGAGGUCGCGGCGCUCCGCGCGGCGAAGAAGGGCGACGCCACGUACGGCAAGUACGUGCGCCUGCUGGAGAUGAAGAUGCCGGAGGCCAUGCUCGCGCUGAAGAUGAAGGCCGAGGGCCUCGACCCGGCGGUCCUGGGCAUCGGCGCGGCCGCGUCGGCGCCGAAGCUCGCGCCGCGGCUCCGGGGCCCGCCGCCGCCGCCGCUCCGGGCCGUCGCGCGGAAGCUCAAGCCCCUCUGGUGGGAGCCCCUAGACACGGCCACGUACGCCCAGACCUGGUGGGCGUCGGCCGUCUUCGACGACGCGCGGCGGGCCGUCGAGGCGCACCUCGCGUCCCUCGAGGCCGCCUUCGCCGCGUCGUCGUCGCGCGUCGCGAUCAAGGAGCCGAAUUCGAAGCGCGCCGCCGACGAGCUGAGCGCCCUCGACGGCAAGCGCCACCAGAGCGUCGCCAUCGGUCUACGGAAGCUCCGGGAGCGGAAGCUCGAGUCCGGCGCGGCCGUCGCCGCCGCGCUCGACGCGGAGACGCUGACCGAGGAGGACGUCGCGCUCGUCCGGCGCUGCGCGCUCCCCGAGGCCGCGGCGGCGGACGCGGCGGAGCUCGCGGCGCUCAAGGCUUUAAAACCGCAGGCGGACGCGGGCGCGGGCGCGCUCCGGGAAGGCGACGCGUGGGUGCUGGACGCGCGGACCGCGUGCCCGCGGCUCCGGCCGCGCCUCGCCGUCGCGGCGGCGAAGCUGUCCGCGCCGCUGCGACUGCUGGCCGCCGCGGAGCAGACGGACCGCCGCGCCUUCGCCGUGGAGGCCGUCCAGCACUCGGAGCCGCUCAAGGACGUGCUCAAGAUCGCGCUCCUCGCGGGCAACGCGUGCAACCACGACGCGAAGGCGCGGCUGGCCGCGGGCGUCGGCGUCGCGGCGGGCCUGUCCAAGCUCGCGCUCGUCAAGGGCGGCAAGCCCUACAAGUCCUUGGUCCACUUCGUCGUCCAGUGCCUCGCCGACGACGACCCGCGCUACGGCGGCCACGUCGCGGCGCUGGAAACGUUGGCCGCCGUCCUCGCCGACGUCGACCGCGACGACGCGGCGACGCUCGACGAGCUCUACGGCGAUCUGGACGGCGACGCGUCGACGGCGCGGAGCGAGGCCGACGCGGCCGACGACGCGGCGCUGCGCUCGUGGGCGGCCUGGCUCGGCGACCGGCUCGCGGAUCUCCGGGCCGCGCGGUCGGCCGCCGACGGCGCCGCGGCGGCCCUGAUGCGGAGCUUCGGCGACGGCGGCGCGUUCGGCGAGGGCGACGCGCCGGCGCAGUGGUUCAAGGUGCUGCGGACCUGCCUCCAGGCGCUCCUCGCCGCCCGGGACGACCUCCUCGAGGAGCGCGCGCGCGAGGCGCGGCGCGAGGAGCGGGAGGUCAAGGAGGCCGCGCGGCGGCGCGCGCGGCACCGCCGCGACGAGGCCUUCGACGUCGACGACCUCUUCCCGCCGAAGCGGCCGACGCCCCUGCGGAGCGCCUUCGGGAACCAGCCGGGGUCGGACCUCCAGGCGGAGCUCGCGCGGAAGCUCGGCGCGCGCCGCGCGGGCAUCGGCUCCGCGACGCCCAAGGGCCUCGGCGACGCCGCGGACCUCGCGGCGGACUUCGCCGACGUCCUCGACGGCGCCGGGGAGGGGGACGACGACGACGAGGAUAGCGACUGGUGCAGAACGGACGAUGCCGAGGCGCUGUCGAAGGCCAGGGACGGCCUGGAGAAGGCCUGCCGCGCCGAGGCCUACAACAAGAUCAUCAAGAAGGCCGACGAGGUGCUGAAGCUCGCCCCGCUCGACGGCGACGCCAUCCAGGCCAAGGCCGUCGCCCUGGCCAAGAAGGACAAGUGCGCCGAGGCGCUGGCCGCGGCCAAGGACGGCGGCGAGGCGCUCCAGGGCCUGCGGGCCUACUGCCACUACCGCCUCGGCGACCUCGACGACGCGCUCGAGUGCUGCCGGUCCAUGGGCGAGAAGGACGAGGGCACGUGCCACGUCGAGGCGCAGGUGCUCUACAAGCAGGGCGACUACGCCGGCGCCGCGGGCAUCUACGAGGGCCUCCUCGGCGACGGCCGCGAGCGCGGCGACGCGGACCGCCGCGAGCUCGAGGCCAACUACUACGCGGCGUGCUGCCUCGCCAAGGAGGGCGCGCGCGCGUUGAACACGCUCGAGCCGCCGGCGCAGCCCGAGGAGCACUACGAGCUCGCCUACAACCGGGGCUGCUGCGAGGCCGCCGCCGGGGCCCACGCGACGGCGAAGGCGAGUUUGACGGCCGCGCACGCGGGUUGCGAGCGCGCGAACGAGGACGCGACGGCCUCCGAGCGGUGGGACGAGCUCGCGCCCUUCGCCGCGCAGCUCGCCCACGUCGAGCAGCUCCUCGGCGAGUCCGACGCCGCCGCGGAGCGCUGCAAGGCGCUCCUCAAGGAGAAGCCCGCGGACGCGGCCGUCUGCUGCGCCGCCGCGAACACGCUCGUCGCGGCGCGCGGCGGCGCGGCCGAGCUCUUCGACAGCCACAAGCGCCUGCGGCCCUACGCCUCGGGGGCUUUGCCCGUGCCGCCGCCCAUGGAGGGCGCCUUCCGCCACAACUGGGCCGGCGUGCUCUGCGCGAUGGGCAAGGUCGACGACGCCGAGAAGUUCCUCGCCGACAAGCCCUUCGCCGACGACGCCGCGGCCUGCGAGGCCGAGCUUCUGCUCGCCUUCACGCGCGCCGAGGGCGCGACCAAGGGCAAGGGCGCGAAGAAGAAGGCGGGCAAGAAGAAGAAGGACGACGACGACGGCGUCGACGUCGUCGCCGUCGUGCAGGCGUCGAUGGCGAAGCUGUCCGCGACGGGCGUCGACUGCGCGCGCCUCGCCGUCGUGCUGGCGCAGGUGUUGGCCCAGAAGGAGCAGUACGCCGAGGCCGCGCGGGCCCUCGCGGACUCGUCCGUCGGGUCGACGCUCGACGGCUGCCUCGCGCGCGCCGACUACCUCGAGAAGGGCGGCCUCCUCGACGAGGCCAAGGCCGCGCUCGACGACGCGACCAUCGCCGGCGCCGACGACGCCUUCGCCGUCGCCGCGACGCGGCUGCGCCUCCGGGACGUUUCGGGCGCCAAGGCGGCCUUGGCGGCCGUGCCCGAGGAGGGCAACGAGGCGCGGCUCUGCAUCCUGGCCGCGUUCUACGACGCCGACGAGGCGGAGCGCCUCGCCGCGCUGCUCCCCGACGACCCGGCCAUGGAGGAGGCCAAGGACGUCGACGCGCAGGCGCUCCUCGACGCGCCGGCGCCGCGGUCCAACCGGCCCCGCGACCGCGACCUCAAGUUCGCGCCGACGCAGCUCUCGCCCGAGGAGAUCGAGGCCGCCGCGGAGCUCCGGCGCCAGGCGGCCCUCAAGCGCCGCGCGAAGAAGCGCGUCGCCUACCUCGCGAAGCUCGAGGCCGCGGGCAAGUACGACCCCAAGAACCCGCCGACGCCCGACCCGGAGCGGUGGAUCCCGAAGAAGCAGCGGUCCUACAACCGGCGCGGCCGCAAGAACAAGGGCAAGUUCGUCGGCGCCCAGGGCGGCGACUCCAACGCCAAGGACCAGGGCGCGUACCAUCACGAGCAGGAGGAGGAGCGACGCGCCAAGGCCAAGGCCAAGCGCGACGCCGAGCGCCGCUACGAGGUGGCGCUGCGGGGCCGCGGCGGCUUCCCGGCGACGGUGACGCUCUACGAGUCGUCGACGCUCGCGGAGCUCGCGGACGAGGCGCGCCGGGCGCUCUUCCCCGACGUCGCCGGCGGCGAGGUCUUCUUCGUCGACGCGGCGGCCGGCCGGCCGAUCUACCGCGACGGCGCCGUCCUCGUCGCGUCCCUCGCGCGCGAGCCGCUGACCUUCGACGCCCGCGUCGUGGCGGCGCCGCGCUGGCGCGUGGAGGUGCGCCUCGCGCUGCGGCUCCUCGGCGCGCUCGCGGCGGCGCGGCGCGCGGCGGCCGUCGACGAGGCGACGUACGCGCACCUCGGCGACGCGCGCGCGAUCGACGCGACGCGGGCGCCGCCGGGCGUCUCCGACGCCGUCUUCCAGCUCCUGCCCCAGGCCGCGCGCGAGGCCUGCGUCCGCGCGAGCCGCCGGGCGCUGCCCCGGCUGCACGAGCCGCCGCGGGAGCCGGCGGCGGCCGCGCCGGCGGAUCCGGACGCGAUCCUGCUGUGCUACGAGGACCACGACGCGGCCGCCGCCUACGACGGCGACGGGCCCGUGUACCGCCCCUGCCAAGCCGCCGGCAAGGGCGACCGCCUGCACUGCUACGUGUCCAUCGGCGGCGAGCCGGUGCUCUUCCCGUACGCGAGGCUCGUGCACGACGCGGCGGGCGUCCGGAACGUGCGCGUCUCGUCGGUGCUGACGAACGUGCGCAAGGGCCUCGCGCGCCUCGCGCGGGAGGCCGUGCUGGGGACGACGCGCGUCGCGGACGCCGCGCGCGAGGCCGCGCGCGUCGCCGGGGACUUCGCGCCGCGGCACCGGGCCCUCGCGGCCAAGUCGGAGGCGGAGCUCGCCGCCGAGGCCCGGGGCGCCGACGUCGCCCGCCAGUGCGCGGCGCCCGUCGCCGACGACGCCGCGGCGGACGCGCGCGCCGCCGCGCUGCUCCCGCGCGCGGCCGCGGGCUGCCUCGGGGCCGCGCGCGAGCUCGCGGCGCUCCGCCGGGACCAGCUCGGCCUCCGGGAAGCCCAGGCCGCCCAGGCCGACCGCUUCCUCGCGCACCACGAGAAGGCGCGCUUCGCGGGGGCCGUCCGCUUCGCCGCGACGCUCGAGCGCGACGCGGACGGGCCCAUCGUGGACCGGAUCGUCGGGUUUCUUUAG